UUAAUAGAUGCCCUGCUUUGCUAUUGGAGAGAAGCAGCAAGGCAGCAGCUGCAGCAGCAGGACAGAGCAAAGCCAGGGUGGAGACAGGGACAGUGACACCAGACACCUGUAAAUGAUUCACUUGUGCAGUGAGCACCCGCACUGAUUUCCCCCAGGGACCGGGAUAUCAUUUGGGGAGCCCUUAGGCGAAGCAAGCAAAAGUCACCUUCAACGACCAGAGCCAUCAAUGAGCAGCAGCCAGAACAUACAGAUGGAGGCUGAUCCUUGCCCUGGGGAAUCGAGAAGUAUGAAGAAGAAUGCAGUGCUUGUGGAUGGUGUCAUCUUAAAUGGACCAAUAAUUGAUAGCAAUUCUGGAGAAAAAUUUGUUGAAGAGGUUUAUAGACUACUGAUGAAUGAAGUCAUAUAUAAGGCAACUGAUGUAACAGAAAAGGUUUGUGAAUGGAAAGACCCUGAACAACUUAAAAAGCUUCUGGAUGUAAACAUCAGAGAUAUUGGAGAGCCUCAUCAGGAACUUCUGCAACUGUGUCAAAAUACUAUUAAAUACAGUGUCAAAACAAGUCAUCCAAGAUUUUUCAAUCAAUUGUACGCUGGAAUGGAUCAUUACUCAUUGGCAGCAAGGUUUAUUACAGAAGCUUUGAACCCAAGUGUAUAUACUUAUGAAGUAUCCCCUGUUUUUAUUCUAAUUGAGGAAGCUGUUUUGCUAAAAAUGUCAGAAUUUCUUGGCUGGAAGGCUGCUGAUGGUAUAUUUAGCCCAGGUGGAUCAGUCUCAAAUAUGUAUGCUGUAAAUAUGGCAAGAUACAAACACUGUCCUGACAUAAAGGAGCAUGGACUUUCAAAUACUCCACGACUUGUAAUGUUUACAUCAGAAGAGUGUCACUACUCCAUGAAGAAGGCAGCUGCUUUCCUUGGUAUUGGCACACACAAUGUGUAUUUUGUUAAGGCUGAUCAUCAGGGAAAGAUGAUUCCAGAAGAACUCGAGAAGCAGAUACAAAAAGCAAAAGAGGAGGGAGCCGCGCCAUUCCUUGUCAUUGGCACAUCUGGUACUACUGUGUUAGGUGCAUUCGAUCCUCUGGAUGGUAUAGCAGACAUCUGUGAGAGGCAUAAACUUUGGUUCCAUGUUGAUGCCUCCUGGGGAGGAUCAGCUUUAAUGUCAAGAAAAUAUAAAAAGCUUUUGCACGGCAUUGACCGGGCUGAUUCAGUUGCAUGGAAUCCUCAUAAAAUGUUAAUGGCUGGGAUCCAGUGUUGCGCUUUCCUGGUGAAAGACAACUCGGAUCUGCUUAAGAGGUGUCAUUCAGCAGAAGCCACCUAUCUCUUCCAGCAGGAUAAAUUCUAUGAUGUUCGAUAUGACACCGGAGACAAAUCCAUUCAAUGCAGUAGGCGCGCAGAUGCAUUCAAGUUCUGGUUGAUGUGGAAAGCUUUGGGGACCAUAGGACUUGAAGAGCGAGUAAACCGCGCCCUAGCAUUAUCAAGAUAUCUAGCAAAUGAAAUCAAGAAAAGAGACGGGUUUGAACUUCUCUGGGAGCCAGAGUAUGCAAAUAUAUGCUUUUGGUACAUUCCGCCAAGCUUAAGAGACGUGGAGAAGGGACCAGAAUACUGGCAACAACUAAACCAGGUUGCACCCAUAAUUAAAGAAAGGAUGAUGAGAAAAGGAAGCAUGAUGGUGGGAUAUCAACCACACCGUGACAAAGUCAACUUCUUCCGCCACAUUGUCAUCAGCCCCCAAGUGAGCCGUGAAGAUAUGGACUUUGUGUUGGAUGAGAUUGAACUGCUCGGCAAAGACUUGUAGCUGUGGCACAGCAGCACAAUGUGCUGCUCUUAUAUGGCUUGACAAAAGAGAGACUGCAGCAUUUUACACUAGACAUACACUAUAGUAUAGGCGUAGGCUAGACUGCCACAUCAUUUUAUUUUCCUGACCAUAAUCAAGCAUAUUCUAUACAAAAACAAGAGACAAUAAUUGUGCACUACAAUAUAUUUUCUGCUUAUAGAAUAAAACAGGCUAUACCCUUGCAGUUUACUUUCAGCUACAUGUUUAGGCAUUUUUCUAUAUACCUUAUAGUAUGCUUAUGCCAAAUAUUCAUAGUGGCAUGGAAUUUUUCUAAAUUCACAUGUCUGCCAAUUGAUGGUAUUUAUGCUAGUGUCCUUUGGAAUAUUCAGGCAUUUAUUCUAUGCUAGUUAUCAUCUAAGGCAUGCAUAAAGUAUCAAAGGAUAUCUUCACCCAAGGUCAGCUAGGACAUCACACAUUUAAAUAUAGCAUAUACUGUAUCUACUUACAAUUACAACAAUCAUGAACAGAACAGUUUCGCCUUCUGGUCAUUUUGCCUGGGCUCAAAAUCAGAAAAUUUUCCCUAUGCCUUGAAUAACAAAAUUCUCUGAUACACACUCCUCCCAGGCAGAGUGGCUGGAUGUAGAACUACCUGACACAAAGCUUUGAAAUGAACACUUUAUGGUAAUAGGGAAUAAGAGUACGUGAAGGUCUGUCAAUGAGCUUUCUUUUGACAUCAGUUUGAGAUGCUGCUGACAUCAUUUGGAGUUCAUUGACAGCUGCAUAUGGUCUGCUUAAAGCUGCUUUUGUAUUCCAUAAAUCUUUCAUGGAGAGAGAAGCAACUUUGAUGUGAACAAAGCCCAUUGUCGCAGGCUUUAAUAGUUAUCACAGUAAGUCUUCCAAACCCGUUCCACUGAGAAUAGUUCAGUGGAGUAUAUAUAUAGUUAAUGAAAAACUUGUCUCUACAUAGCAGAACUAAAGCUUUACCCCAGUCAUAAUAAAAAAUAACUUGAUAUUAAAUCCACCUUCCCCGGUAAAGAAUGUAUUGCUUGCUUUUUCUAGGGAAUGGCUAACAUACAGUAAUACUGACCUUACAUUUCAAUCUUCCUCCCUGCUGAUAACUGGUCCACCAAAGCUGUUCUUUCUCUGCAUGCUAAUGUCUGACCAGUUUUUUCAAGGACCUUCUCAUGGAUGUCACCACUCCUAAAAUCAGUGAAGGACGAGUGACCACAUCUUCAGGAUGGGAUGUGGCCUCUAGUAGGAAUGCCCUCCUACUUUCUAUCACUGAGUGGACCAUGGUGUAAAGUAAAUAUUAGUGUAUGCUAACCUAUCCCCUAAAAAAAAGAGCCACAGAUACUCCUUAGGUGGAGGCAUUGUGGAGAUUUUUUUUUUUUUUGAAUGUGCCUGGAGUUAGACUCAAAGUAACUGUGCAAUAGUUUUACAGAAUAAAGAGAAUGAAAAUGUAAAGACUCAGGAAAAAAUAUAGUUUGUGUCUACCUAUAGAACAAAAUAACUAUACACUUAUUUUUCUGCUCAUAAUGCAAUCAGGUUUGUUUUGUUUUUUUCCUUUGUUUUUUAUGAACUCAAGUUGUCUCCUGAAACAAUCAAUUAAUUUAUUAUUAUACAUAUAUGAUUGAUUGGUAUUAAACCAUUACUUGUUUUUCUUUAAUACUAAAUAAUUAGAUCUGUGAUAGUGAAUGAAUAUGUACAGAAGAAUGUGUUGUGAUCUUUGACUGUUAGCAUUGCUAGUUUAAAUAAUGCAAUACCUAAACCUCUUUUUCAUAAUGACAAGUAUUGGAAUCUUUCUAUGUCUUUUACUCAUGUUUUUGUUGUGUGCUUACUAAAUUAAAUAUUGGUGCAUUUAAAGAUAA